UGGGGGGGGGAGGGGAGGGAGUGAGGGCCGGACAGACCCGACAGCACAGCGGCCCCGGUGGAUGCGCCGAGGCUUCCGGGGAGGGGAGGGGAGGGGACGGGCAUUUGAUUUUCUUGAUUUGAAAUGGCGUCAGGAAGAGAAUCAGCUCCUGGUGCUGGAACCUGUCCUUUAAGUGGGAAAACCUUGCCCUACAGUUUGUUGAAUCCAUCCAACAACCCAUCUCAGCUAAGCAUAGGAGUGGGUCUUACAGAUACAGGACUACAAAAAAUGUUAAUUGAUGAAAGAAUGAGAUGUGAACAUCAUAAAACCAACUACCAGACUCUGAAAGCUGAACACACAAGGUUGCAAAGUGAAUAUACGAAAGCCCAACAAGAACUGAAACGUCAACUUGUGGAUAAACAAAGCACUCAGGAGAAAUUUCAGCUUCUUCUCACUGAGCUGCGAGGUGAAUUAUUAGAUAAAACUAGGGAGCUCGAAGAACUCAAAAUCCAGGCAUUAACUCCCCAAAAAUUGGAAUUAUUAAAAGCACAUAUCCAACAAGAGCUGGAGGCACCUAUGAGAGAACGCUUUAAGAAACAAGAUGAGGAGGUUGAAAAAUUUAGGACGGAAUAUAAUAAACUACGGUAUGAAUAUACUUUCCUAAAAUCCGAGUUUGAGCAUCAGAAGGAAGAACAUGUGCGCUUGCUGGAUGAAAAAAAGAUCCGAUAUGAGGCUGAGGUAGUUAGAUUGGAGAAGGACAAAGAAGUGCUACAUAACCAGCUGAUGUGCGUGGACUCCAGCAUAGAUAAAAAGCGAGUGGAGAUCCUGCUGAGGGAGAAGGCUCAAUUACACCAAAAGAUCAAGAGCCUGGAGGCUGAGCUAGUUCAGCUCCAGUCAGAAAGAGAAAACUCUGGUUUGCAGGCGGAAAGUGUACAGAGGAUUCAGGUGCGACAGUUGUUUGAAACACAGGCUGCUGUUAAGUCUUUGGAGGCAGAGAAGCAGUCGAUUAAACUGCAGAUGGAGCGUUUAGAGAAGGAAAUGCAGCUGGUUCUUGAACAAAACAACUUACUGAUCAGCAAAUUGCACAAGACAGAACGGGAAGUGAAUUCUUUAUCAAGCAAACUAGAAGAAGAUAAACAUUCCCAUAAGCUGGAAGUUGCUAACCUCAAGCUAGAAGGAGCAAGAACCAAAGGAGAGAUCGAGAGAGAGAGAGAUAACAUGCAGAGUGAAGUGGAUGGGCUGCAGUCAGACAUUGACAUCUUGAAAGCCUCCAUUGAAAGGCACAAAGAACUCCUGACAGAAAAAGAACGAGAGGUAAUUCGCAAAGUACAAGCAGCGAAGGAGGAAGACUUCCAGAAACUUACAGUAAUUCAAGAUGAAAAGCUAGAGUUGGAGAAUAAAGUAGCUGACCUGGAAAGACUGAAGGCUGAGCAGGACAUUACCUGGCAUGCUGAAAAGGAUCAGCUGGAAGAUAAAGUCCGAGUUGUACACUUGGCUGAAGAAGCAGCCAAGAGAGAGAUCCAGACCCUCAGGUCAAAAGUUCAACAGCAAAUGCUUCAGAUGGAAGAAUUUGAAAAAGAAAAGUUUGACAGUGUGGAAUUCAGACAGCAAAUCUAUGAGCUUCAGGUCCAGGUUAACACUUUAUCACAGUCAGAACAUGAUUUACUGGAAACCAAUCAGAAACUGCGAGAGAUGCUGGAUAUUUUAAAGGAGGAAGCACGGAGUGUGAGAAGCCAAGCAGAGAAGGCACAGCAGGAAGCUGAGAGAUUAAUCGAUGACAAGCGCAUUGAGAUGCUGGAGGAGAAACAUAAACUGCAGCAGCGCAUUGCAGAGCUGGAGGAGAAAUAUUGUCAAGCCAAAGAUCGACUUCAACGUGCUGCUAUGGCUCAGAAAAAGAGAAAAACAUUGAACGAAAGUAAACAGAAAAGGUUACAAGAGAAAAUACAGCUGUUAGAGGCAAAGAAAGAGCAGCUGGAAAUUGAGAAAUGUACAGUUAAGCAAAGUGUUUCUUAUGACGAUCAUUCUAGACUUCAGAAAAGGUUGAAGGACUUGCAGCGGAGGCACAAUGAAUUCCGAAGACUAAUUUUGGGAGCACAUUUUCCCUCCAGCACUUUAAGUAACUCAAUAAAUUUUCUGCCGCCCAGCUUUGUGCAAGGAGCAGAAACAUUUCUGAAUGUUCAGGAAGAACAGCAUCAGUGUGAACUCUCUGUUCUCCGCAAGAGAUUGGAGGAACUGGAGACAAACCAGAAACAACAGCUGCAGGACCUUGGGGCAAUUGAUUGAGUAUAUAUAGCCCUUUGCUAAGAUGUGGGAAAAUAGUGUGAAAUGUAUUUACUUUUCCAUGGUGUUUGAGAAGUCCUUUGGAAAUACUGCAUCACACUUCAAAAAUAGAGAAAGGUAAUGUAAAAUAUUGGUGCUAAAUAUCGAUUGCAAAGGUGAUCCAUGUUUAAAAGACUACUGUAAAUGUAAUCAGCAGUCUACAUAAUCAGGUUUACUUGACAGAACCUUUUCAUAUUUCUUUCCCAAUAACUUUUGUGCCUUGAAAAACAUUUUCUGUUUUAAUUACAUCAGUAUACAGUUUUAGUAUUUUCAUCAUUGAAGCUCUACACGAAUAAGGAAAUCUAUCAUGCUCGACAAACCCACGGGCACUAAAGAUAGGAUCACGCAAUUUAUGUUCCCCCUCAGAAAAAUGUGUUUGCCUCCAUAGGUUUAGUCCAGAACCACAUUGCUGUCAUUCUGAUGAUUUCAGAAGUUCCAAAAUGUUGAGUGCCAAAAAAUGCAAUGCCUCAAAGGUAAUGGAUGUAAACUGAGCUCCACCUCCAAAUAAUGCCUGAUUCCUUGGCUUCUGAUCCCUGAAGCAAACUGAUGUUGGCCUAUUACAGGUUCCUGGCUAAAACUCUGGUUACUGUACACAAUGUACCAAGCAACACUGCGCUGCGAGACAAUGCAACCCAACAAACCUGGAAUAGUAAGUGUGGCUUAUCUCAAAUCCCCAACUUUUAUAGUUUUUCUCUAAAUCAAAUUUUCUUUUAGAGUUUUGAAAGACCAAAUUGUUUAUCAGUGAAAUGUGUACAGAACAAAAGGAAACAUUUACUUUAUAUUCUGCACUAAAUGCCUUAUAUAACACGAGAGAGGUGAUAUCUUCUGCACAAUUUUUGCACAUUUAUUAUUUCACUGAUGAUGAAUGAUUUGGGUGAAUGUUUUUUUUAAUUACUAAAUGUGUGGUCAUCUUUAUUUUUGUAUCACUGAAGAAUUAUGAUAUGCUGCGAUUAAGCAGCGACAUUAAUUAAUCUUUAAAUUUACUGUCAGAGUCCUACGGCUUGAAUUUAAUCCCAGCAUAUCUAUAGAAAGCUUUUACCUAAAAUGGCACUCGGCAACCAUGUUCUGUGAGUGUUUAUUUUGGGGGGCUAUUCUAUAUUCAUUCCUCAGUUUGGGUUGGAGACUCUUAAGCACGGUGAUGGGUUUCCACAUGUGUCAGACAAACACAAAUUGUCAUGAGGUGCAGAACCAUUCAUGGACGACUCUACUGAGAUUUUCUCUGCACUUGCUGGGGGGUCGUUCACUUCACUCCUGUUGUGGGUCAAGAAAUGAGUGGAGUCUGAACCCCCAUGUGUUCACUCCAUGGCACGGAGCAUUCAACAGCAUUACAUUCACUUGUUCCAUGUUUACACUGUCUUACAGCUUCUCUAUCAUUGUUUUGGAAAAUAUAAUUUGUAUGAAAGAUGUAAUAUAUUUCUGUAAAAUAUUUUUAUUAUUUCUAUUGGCUUUAUUUGAUUUGUAUUUUGUUUGUAACUAGAUAUGUUACACGUUGUCCUGUUUACUAUUUAUAUUUUUCUAAUCAUUUGAAUUUUACAUUUGACCUGUUAUUGAAGAUACUGAAAUAAAAUUGUAAUUUGA